UGCCAGGCCCUGCCGCUGAGACUCUGCUGGCUUCUCCUUUACCACCCCCUCCUCCUCCCUCUGCACCCCCGCUGCCCGGGACGUCCUCGCCCACAGUGGUUUUCAACUCAGGAUUAGCAGCUGUGAAAAUCAAGAAGCCAAUCAAGACGAAAUUCAGAAUGCCAGUUUUUAACUGGGUUGCCCUGAAACCAAAUCAGAUCAAUGGCACGGUCUUCAACGAAAUUGAUGACGAGCGAAUUCUGGAGGAUUUAAAUGUGGAUGAAUUUGAGGAAAUAUUUAAGACAAAAGCCCAAGGUCCUGCCAUUGAUCUUUCUUCAAGCAAACAGAAGAUAACACAGAAGGGAUCCAACAAAGUGACAUUACUAGAAGCAAAUAGGGCCAAAAAUCUUGCCAUAACUUUAAGGAAAGCUGGAAAGACCGCCGAUGAGAUAUGUAAAGCUAUACAUGUAUUUGACUUGAAGACAUUGCCUGUAGACUUUGUAGAAUGUUUGAUGAGGUUCCUGCCAACUGAGAAUGAGGUGAAAGUGUUUCGGCUCUAUGAGCGGGAAAGGAAGCCCCUGGAGAACUUGUCAGAUGAAGACCGGUUCAUGAUGCAGUUCAGUAAAAUUGAGAGACUCAUGCAGAAGAUGACCAUCAUGGCCUUCAUUGGGAACUUUGCGGAGAGCAUUCAGAUGCUGACUCCUCAACUGCACUCAAUUAUAGCAGCAUCUGUCUCUAUAAAGUCAUCCCAAAAACUCAAGAAAAUUCUGGAGAUCAUCUUGGCCCUUGGAAACUAUAUGAAUAGCAGUAAACGAGGAGCAGUUUAUGGAUUUAAACUUCAGAGUUUAGAUCUGCUCUUAGAUACAAAGUCAACAGACCGAAAGCAAACACUGUUGCACUACAUUUCAAAUGUGGUAAAAGAGAAAUAUCACCAAGUGUCCCUGUUUUAUAAUGAGCUUCACUAUGUGGAGAAAGCUGCUGCAGUCUCCCUCGAGAAUGUUUUGCUGGACGUCAAAGAGCUCCAGAGGGGCAUGGACUUAACCAAGAGGGAGUACACCAUGCAUGACCACAACACACUGCUGAAGGAGUUCAUCCUCAACAAUGAGGGGAAGCUGAAGAAGCUGCAGGAUGAUGCCAAGAUUGCACAGGACGCUUUUGAUGAUGUGGUAAAGUAUUUUGGAGAAAACCCCAAGACGACACCACCCUCUGUCUUCUUUCCCGUCUUUGUUCGGUUUGUGAAAGCCUAUAAGCAAGCAGAAGAGGAAAAUGAGCUGAGGAAAAAGCAGGAACAAGCACUCAUGGAAAAACUCCUGGAGCAGGAAGCUCUGAUGGAGCAGCAGGAUCCAAAGUCUCCUUCCCACAAAUCAAAGAGGCAGCAGCAAGAAUUAAUUGCAGAAUUAAGAAGGCGACAAGUGAAAGAUAACAGACAUGUAUAUGAAGGCAAAGAUGGUGCCAUUGAAGACAUUAUCACAGAUCUUAGAAACCAACCAUACAGACGAGCCGAUGCGGUGAGGAGAAGUGUCAGGCGGCGCUUUGAUGACCAGAACUUGCGUUCUGUUAAUGGUGCCGAGAUAACCAUGUGAACCUGAGACCUGCCUGUAUGAGUAGAGAGUAUGCGUGAAUGAAACUUUCCACAUGAACUUUACGUGCUACCAUUUAACUGCAACCUUGAACAUUGACAAAAUAUUCUAAGGGCUCAGAUUUAGCAAACACAUAGGAAUUUAAAAAUGACGGGCUCUCCUUUCAACCUUUGUUAACAAGUGCCUAAAAGUGGAAGUACCUGCUCAGAUUAAUCAAAGCAAUAGGGUUUGAUUUGAUUAGGUAUCUUUUUACACCAGUAUAUUAUCCAAUUUUUUAACCAAAAUGUAAAUUUCGUAUUACACUCGUUAUCUGCCAUUGUGAUUGUCCCAUGAUGGCACACCCUGGUUUCCUGAUAAGUUGUAAAUAACAUGGAUGCAUCUGCUGUGGGUUUCCUUUGCUGAGAGCUCUUUUAAGGAAUUGCGUUUGUGUUUUAGACAUACCCAUCAACUUUGUCUUUUUAAGGGCUUGCAACAUGGAAGAAGGAAAAAGUCACAUAAGCUCCUGUCCAUAACCAAGCCCCAGCAAAGUACAAACAGGAUGCAUUGCAGUGGCAAAGAAGUCACUCAGCUGUGUCUCGUUUUACAUUCUACACUGCUAUGCUAGGGUAUGAUGCGCCGUGAGAGUUCACCAGUAUGAAAGCAAGGGUAUGAUGGCAUACAAAUUUGUGUAAGAUUUUUUUUGCAGUACUGUGUUCUUCAGCUAGAGGCAGCUUUUAAAAUAAUAAUGCAAAUGUAUUUAUUAGCACUAAAAUUAACAUCUCAGUAAUCAGUAUUAGGAUUUCUGAGACCAUUAUGGGCCUAUCCUGAGAACAGAAAUUGGUGCCUUGCUAGCCAGGGAGAAGUUCACUAGCUCUAUCAAGCAUUCAAGAUUACUUCUGCUAGCUAGUAGUGAUAGUUAACCUAGCCUUAUUCUCCUGACAAUCGCAGGUCCCCACCCCCACUUCUUCCUCCUUUUGUAAAUCGGAGAAGAUGUAUUUAGCAUCAUUGCUUUAUGGGGAAUUGCAAUUAAAUUGCUUGAAAUAUUCACAUUGGGAUUAAGCUUAAAUGGUAUGUAAUGGGACUAAAUGGCCAACUAAGCCACUGUUAUUUUUCCUUCCUCUCUGGCAGGGCACUUGAUCCAUUCCAAAGUCAAAAACUGGACUAAAGCCGAUUUGUACUUUUCAUAAUAAACAUUCUGCUUCUGGCUUACCUUCUUGGUACAUUACAUCAAUAUAUUAAUUGUAAAGUUUAUUGUAUAGUAUUUAACCACUGAAUUUCUUAUUUUAUGUUGUGCUUAUGUGAACUCCUUGGUGAAGGUCCCAUUUUCCUUGGAUAAUGUGUAGUUAUAUGAUCUCUUUUUAAAUGUACAGAUAUUUUGCUAUAAAAUUGGUGCAGUUUUUUAUGGUUUUUACACUUUAAUUCCCACCUUAGCCUCUGGGUAAUAUUGUAAAUAUUGUUUAAAAAUGCAUCAGCCUGUGCUAUACAAUCUGAAUGUUAUUUUAACUUAUAGUUUUUUUUUUAAUAUAUAUAUUUAACUACAAGGACAGCUUAGGGAUCAGUUACAUUUCACUUUAGCAUACCUAUUUACAAAAAAAUUACUUUUAAAACUGCCACCUGCUAGCACAUUUUCUUGAAUGUGUACUUUAAAAAGAACAUGCCAAGAUUUUGUCUGUUAACAUUGAUUUUGAUGAAAAAAGCAAUUUGACCAUGAUACACGAGUAGUUGGCCCUUUAUGACAAGCAGCUGUUUUCCAAAGCUCAAUGCUAAUAAGCAUGUAUUAAAAUAAUUGCAUAUUUAUUAAUCAAAUAGACAAUAAUGUUGGCAUGUUCUUUUCUGUUUAUUAAUGGGCUUGCUUCUUAGCAAUAUUAGAAAUGUUUUAUAAAAAAGCAGUUCAUGUUACUUUUCUGGUCUUUUCAUGACAUAUGAGCAAAUAAACUAUUUACACUACUAUCCUGUAA